AUGUCAACGCUCAAGAAUUACUUCGGACUUGGGGGAACCGACGCCCAUUCCACCCCUACCGACAACAAUUCCCCGGCUCACCCUCUCCCUUCCUCGUGGUAUUCUUCGCAGGAUAUACAUGAAUUGGAGCGACGCGCCAUAUUCUGUCGGAAAUGGCUUCUGAUCACGCACAAGUUGCGUUUCCCCAAAACAGGCGACUGGCUCCGAUACGACAUCGCCGGGUACGCUUUUAUUUUGGUGAAAGACCGGGAGGGAAACGUCAAUGCUUUCCACAAUGUCUGUCGGCACCGUGCAUUCCCAGUGGUUACCGAAGAGGGUGGUACCUCCCGGAUUUUCUCUUGUCAAUAUCACGGAUGGUCCUACGGCCUUAAUGGCAAGCUUGCCAAGGCACCCGGAUACCAAGAGGUGGAAGGUUUUGACAAGAGCAAGAACGGCCUUCUUCCUAUCCACGUCCAUAUUGAUGUCAACGGUUUUAUCUGGGUCAAUUUAGAUGCCAGCGAAAAGCCCGAGAUCUCGUGGGAAGACGACUUUAAAGGAGUCGACCUACAGCCACGUUUCACGGGUUUCAACUUCGAGGACUAUGACUUUGAUAACACCGGGGAGAUGAGUGGAGAGUACAAUUGGAAGAUUAUGGCAGAGCACUACAACGAAUGCUACCGUUUCUCAACGACUCAGUCCGACACCUCGGUUUCCAAUCUCGAUUCAUACGCCGUGGAUGCCAAAUCCACAGCCGAGGAGAUUGCAAAUGGGCUGAAGAUUGCCAGCACUUACUACUUCCCCAAUGCUACUAUGACCGUCUCGCCACACUUCUUCUUCAUGCAGCGACUCGUGCCUACGGGCCCCACAACAUGCUCAGUGCGCUAUGACGUUUACCGCAACAAGAAAUUUAGCGCCGAAGAGUUUGAAAUCAUCAGCCAAGUGUACAAGCGCAUUAUGUCCGAAAACCAAGAUCGCUGUGUCGAAACACAGAAGAAUAUCAACAUGGGUAAAAUCCAGCCCGCGGAAGAGGGACCGGUCAACUUCCAGACUGUCGUUCGUGACCUGAUCACACAGCACCAUAAGCGGGAAGAAGAUGCCGGGGAACAAUUUUGGCCUGCACGACAAAGACUCCCCAAGGGAGAGGCAGUCAGCAAAGAGGAUAUAGAUUUCUGCUCUAAGCUGAGUAAGGAUGGGUCACCUUUGACCUCGGGGGGUUGUUGUGGAGGAGGAUGUGGAGCUGGACCUCCAUCUAGGGCAGCAACAGCGCCGGAGACUAUGGUGGUUUAA